GUUGUAGUUUGUCUUCUGAUUGUUGAUCCAGGCACGAAACAGUUAACGGGCUCACUUCUGCCCCACCUAUUGCCGCCAAACAGUCCGGAGUACAAUGCAAGUUCUUCCUUUGACACCUUGACCAUUGGAACGAGAUUUCCGAGCGCAGUUGUGGAUCGUGUGGAUAAGCGCACUAUUCAUGUGCGACUGGACACCAAGAACGGUGUCCAAGGUGUAAUCCGAAAGGUGCAUAUUCCUGACAAGUUGAAAAGUGACAACUUGAAGUCCAAGUUUUCAGUUGGACAGAAAGUCAAUUGCCGUGUCAUAGAUCAUGACCUGCUAGAAAAUGUCGCUGUCGGAACCAUGAAAAAGAAACUUCUUCGUCUACCUUACCUGUCUAUCAAUGAAAUUUCUCCGGGAGAUAAAGUCAACACCGAGAUCGUUCGCUUCACCAAAACAGGUAUUGUUGUCCGUGUAGAAGAACGUCUGAACGGACUUGUUCCUUUUCUUCAUUUGGCUGACUUGCCUAUCAAAAAUCCGGCACAAAAAUUCACACGUGGACAAAAACUGUUGUGCCGCGUACUCACAGUGGACAAGACGGCCAAUAAGCUAAUUCUUACGGCAAAACGUGGUUUGGUGGAGUCCAACUGUCCGCUUCUUGGAAGUAAGGAGAUGAUCGAUUUGGUAUCGGAAAGCAAAUUCCUACAGGAUUCCAGUGAUCAGCUGUUCAGUGCGUUUGUUGCGAAAGUUCUCGAGAACGGAAUGCUUUUAAUCGGCGUGAACAACAUGCGCGCUUGGUUACCCAGGAAAGAGUGUGGUCUAUCGAGUGAUGAUGCGCUAGACGCCACGUUCUUUCACGGCCAGGUGCUUCGUAUUUUCGACGCACGCGUGCACAAGGUUCAGAACACUGGCAUUAUCGUAAACUUACUGAUCCCGGAGGACCCGGAAAAUGCGAACAGCAAUGCACGAACUGUCGGUGUUGGGUUCCUGAGAUUCGAACACCUUACCGAUCACGAAACAAAUAUCCCGCUGCUCACUGAUUGUUUGUCCAGCAUCAAGCCGGGUGCGCCUUUAUCAUUGAACGGGAGAAAACCACGGCAGGUUGUGGUGAUAAAUCAGACAGGGAAAAUGGCUCUGGUUUCGGCCAAACCAACAUUGUUACAUGCGGCGCGCGAGUCCCGACCUUCUGAAUCUGAUGAAAACGCGGUUCCGGCUACUGACGACUCGACUGGCUUUGUCCGUGAUUUUCCUGACUUACAAAAUCACGUCGACUACGGUGUAUUUGUACAAUUCCCUGCCGGAAUCCGUGGUCUAGCACCAGUUCGUCUGCUCUGCGACAGACGCAUACCGCAAAAAGUCACUGUGACCGAACUGUUCCCCACAGGUGCGACCGUGAUCGCAAAAGUGGUCGAAUUGGCUCCGUCGGAAAAACGACGUUGUCUGGUCAGUUUGCGUAUGAUCGACACAUACACUGCUGCUGAGGAGCAGUAUGUAAACGGGGCAAUUCAGUCGUUGCGCAAUUGGUUGACAGAACAGGAAUGGAUUUCCGAGAGACAGGGUGCACUAUCGGCUUAUCGAAUUGGUGAUUUGGUUAGUUUUCGCAUCACUGACUCGGACUCGCUGGUUGCCGUUGGUGAAGCGUGCAAACAGAAUACCCCAUCCGCGUUAUCGUCAUCCUCUUCAAAGAAAGUGACUUGGGUUGCUGCCGUGGUCUAUCGAGAAAACGCAGAUGGGGUCGAAUGCCAACCUGGUCAACUGUGUACCGGGGUGGUUACUUUUGUGGACUUUGUGGCCUCCCGAUUGGAGUUAGUUCUGUCCAGUUGGCUGAUAAAUUCAAUCAAUCACCGGGAUGAUCUGAAUGAGGCGUGUGCACUGCGUCCAGGUCAAAAGGUCUCAUCUGUCACGGUAGCCUUACGUCAGCGAGAUGUGGCUGUGGUCGCGUUUCGCGGUCAUGCAGCCGGUCGAUUCGGUUUGGUUCCGGCUCGACGCACAUUCAACGACGUGAUUGGAGGAAACGCCUGGUCUCUCGGUCAACGCAAUCAGGUCACUUUGCGGUUGUAA